GACAAUUAACCAGAAAAGUCAAUAUAUGUAUCGCCUACAGCGGAAGACGAGAAAUCGUACAUGGAAUGCAGACAACAAUCUACAACAAAACGCCAGCACCACUCGUCUACUGGGCUACAAAAGAACCUAAGGUCAAUCUCCAUCCGGCAUCUAUUAGCUACUAUUCAGGAAUGGUCCGUGAGCUCUCCUUGUAUCGUCUUGAAGCAAAAGGGGAUCCCCCGCCGAACAUCAUCAUCAGGACCUCGCGGAAGGACAAGACUUAGUGACUACAUGCUAUGGCAGUGUUGUGAGAAUACUCACCUGCGCUUUAUUACUUGCUAUUUGUCGGAGAUUCGGACCUGGCGCCUAGUACUUGCGGUGUUUAACUGGAGGAGGGGGUUAUCUUUUUACAUGUGCUCGCCGAAUCCCAAGCCCUAACAUUCGUACACGGUCAUGUGACAUCACGAUUCAAUAAUU